AUGGGACUGGACGCUUCUGGCAAGACAACGUUGCUCUACAAGUUGAAGGGCGUUGAUGUGACGCAUACAAUCCCGACUAUCGGCUUUAACGUCGAAGACAUUGAUCACUCCAAGGGGUGCGACAAAAUCCGACCACUCCUCCGGCACUACAUCGUGCCAGGAACCUUUGUCGUCUACUUGCACGACUGCUCGGCCUAUCUCGCCUGGCAGGAGGAGUCGUUCAGCUUGCUCAGGGACUUCAUGGCAACCCUCGUAGAUUACGGAUGCGUCUACGUCAGCGUGGUCAUGAACAAGCAAGACCAGCUCCCCUCGAAACCAGGGAGGCCACCCUCGAAACGCAUCCUGCGCCUCCCCGGGCUGAGUGCACUCCACGGCGACCGCAUAUACGACAUCCUCGACGACCUCCACACGUCCCUGGCGGAACGGACUAAGACUCGAGCGGCUGAGGCGUCGACGACUGACACCGCGCAGGAACCGUCGACCGAGGAGCUGGUUCGCCGGGCGACCUUGGCCAACAGCAUGAUGGGCGACGCCGACGAGUUUUGGCGGGCGUUUCUCCGGGCGGAUAUCCCGUUGUGGGACCACCACACGCACCUGCGCGCCGGGUAUGCGGUGCUGCUCGAGGCGUUUGCGGUGGGGGAUAGCGUGCUGACUUGUACGGGUACUUUUAUGGCUCAUCUCGAGCGGCUCAAGGCGACGAACCCGGACAGGUUUAGGAAUACUGCGCACAGAGAUCCCCCUUAUUCACUCACGCAAGCGUAUUUUUGGAUUCAAAUCUUCCACCACGCGCGCGUCUCCCUCGAGGCAGCCAAAGGAGCGGCGACUGCGACGGAGGGGUUGCCGGUGCAAAUCUCGGCGUUGACGUUUGAAGCGUUCACGGCGCUCCUGCGGGUCAGCAGCGACGACUGGAAGCGGUAUUAUUCGCCAAAAGUGUGGGAGAGCGUCGCGGCGCGCAUGGAGUUCCAGCUCCCGGAUCUGAAGCCACUGCCCAAUACCCUGCUUGCGCCGCCCCUAGACAACGUACGCGAGGCGCGGGAGAGGAUGGUGGAGUCCAUCUCGCUCGGCAGGGCCUUCCGCCGGGAGAUGCCCUCGGAGGACGAUCUGGCCGUCAUGGCCGCUAUCCUGGUGGGGGAGGUGGGCGACGCCAAUCGGGAGCCGGGGGCCAUUGUGAGUCACGCCGAACUCGCGCUCCAUCUCUACCACCGACUGGUGAAAAGGCCCCGGGCGCAUCCAAUAAGCUCGUCGGACGGAGUGGCGGUGGCAUUGGAGUUGGCUGGGCCCUAUGCGGCAGGGGUGACGGCCAAGAUGUAUUGGGUUCGGGAAUUCAUUUCCGCCGUCGCUUCCAGGCACAGGGGCGAGGACGUGCCCUCAUUCGCCCAAUUUAUUGGCGGUUGGCCCCGGCUCGCGUACGAGCAGCUCCCACUGAUGCACUAUUCCUCCGAAUUGUGGGAGAGCGACCAGGCGGCGCGGGGCUUUGUGCCCCCGGACUUGAUGCCCUUUGCGGGGCCUGACAGCUCCUCGUAG